CAAUUAUCAGAGGACGGAUCGGCACAGAUAAUCAGGGCACUGAUGAUCAGUGCCGCCCACCUGUGCCCAUCAGUGCCUGUCACAGCUGCCCAGCAGUGCCAUCCACCAGUGCCACCCACCUGUGCCCAUCAGUGCCGCCCAGCAGUACCGCCUGUCAGUGCCCAUCAUUGUUGCAUAUCAGUGCCAGCUUAUCAGUGCCCAUCAGUGCUGCCUAUCAGUACCCAUCAGUGCUGCCUUUCAGUG